GUCCCGGUAGUUCAGGCACCGGUGGCUACGAUGCUUUCAACGACCUGAGUCCGGGACCUUUGGCUGCGGCCAUUGCAGCUAGUGCUCUCAAACAGGGUGCUGGAGGCAUGAACGCUGCUGGGGGAACCAAUUUAAGAGACCUCACAGUCCUGAUGUCUCUUGGUCGAGGUGAUAUGCCUGUGCCUGGUUUAGGGAAUGCUAUGGAUGGAAACAUCGGAAACAACAUGCUACUUCCAGCUACAUCAAUAUUAUCUACACCCGGAGCACCAGGUGGAGCAGGAGGAGCUUCCUCUAGUACUGCAGUACAACAACCAUCAGGACGAGACCCAACGAGUCAGAGGAUGGCACCCACCUCCAGCGGCAAUUCGAUACAGGCUCAAAACUCUCUCACAGCUGGGUUAGUGCCAAUGACGGAUAGACAAUCAACCGGGGAUCAAGACCUCAAAUUUCCAUUGAUAGACACCAUCACACCUGCUGAAUUGUGGAGAAGACUAGUAGGAAGAGACCCAGAUAUCCUGGUAAUAGAUGCUAAGGCUUCCCCUAAUUCAUCCCUGUAGACAUCCGUCCCUCACACAUAUGCGCCCCCUUCCUUGAAGGGAGAUACUGACGCAUAUGCUUGAGGGAUUCCCACAGGGAUGAAUAGGGGCGAGCUCCUCUAAAGAUGUGCGAGGUCGCGAUCACGAGGGAGGGCAUAUACCCGAUAGUAUACACGUGAAGACAAAUGAAGUGAUAGCGAACACGGGAUUUUUGAUGGCUGAGGUGCGCUCACGAAAAGUUCGAUCCGUCGUUUUCACAUGCAUGUACUCGGUUCUGCGUGCGCGGCGGUGUUGCUCGGCGUUAGCGGAAUAUCAGAGAUUAUAG